AUGUCUAAGCUUGCCACUUUUCUUCUGUGCGUUGUAGGUGCGAGCCUGACUGUAGUUUCAGCGAUUACUGACGAGGAAUUGGCUGCCUUCCGUCUGGCCAUAACACCAAUCAUAACUGACUGUGCUGAAGAAUAUGACAUGAGUAAAAAUGACAUUGAAGCUGCCAAACAGAACAGGGAUGCCGACGCUGUCGCAUCCUGCUUUGUUGCAUGUGGAUUAAAGAAAAUUCAAGUUUUGGAUGACAACGGCAUGUACGAUGAGGAUAAAGUUCUUGAAAAACUAAAAUACUUUGUCAAAAAUGAUGCAGAUUUAGCCAAAUUUGAAAGCAUUGCCCAGACAUGUGCUAAAGUGAAUGACGAAUCCGUCAGUGACGGUGCCAAAGGAUGUCAAAGAGCUAAACUUGUUUUAGCAUGUGCUUUCAAACACAGAUCUGAGAUGCCAUUUUAA